AUGCUCGACACAGGCCAGGCAGGCAUCUCCUUUGGAGAUGGACCCCGGAUUGUGUCUGUCGCCGAUAUGGACCGGCUAGGCUUGUUUUUCAACAAUCAGACCAACGAAGUCGUCCGCGAUGACAUUCGCGUUCCCGCAGUACGUAAAUGGGGCCACGCAUGGUUCCAUCUAGCUAGACUCCACCGACUGCUUAGAUGUGCCGGGCAUGAUGAUAUUGAUGAGCAGUUUACCCUUAGAGACGACCGCGAGUUCAAUUUCGAGAUAACCGCGGAUGUAGUCCAAAUAGGCGGAAAGCCUGUGCUACACGUGAUCGACGAAGCCACAGCGUUCCAAGGCGCCAGGCAGGUGCCUAUCGAAGCCCACAACUCGAUUGGAAAGGUAGAAAAGGCACACGGCCCUCCGCCGCGCCUACGAUAUCCUCCAAGCAGAGUUGGGAUCACAGCGGUCAAGAAAUACCACCGUGAUCCUCAGGCCCCCUCAUCACAACCCCACGACGACUCGCAGCCAAAUCCCCGACGAGUCGACCCCAAUGCACCCCCUAACCCCGAUCAAGAUGAUGCCCCUGCCCCUGUGCUCCUACCUGAACAACGCCGACGAGGACGCCCCAAAGGCUCCAAGAACAAGCCCAAGACCGGCGUAGCCAACCUGUCAAAGAAGGAAGUUAAUCACUAUGAUCACGCUUCCGAUACCCAAGAGAUUAACAACCUAAUCGCACAGGGUGUGUUUGAGUUCAUUCGUUUCGACCCCGUGGCCCACAAAGGCCAAAGACUCUUUAAAGCACGCAUGGUCCGCGAAGUUAAAGGACUCGGACCAACCACAAGGCCCUACGAGAAAUCCCGUCUCUCCAAAACCCCCCUGAAUCCAGAGUCAGGUCUCCAUUGGUUCGUGACAUAUUAUAGGCAUCAUCCCGCCGGCUUCGGCAUGGUCGCUAUGCAGACGGAUGACACCCUCCUCCUCGCCUCCCCUGAGUUCGCGGCCGCAGAAGAAAGAGAGAUCCAGAAGGCUAAGCUCCGCUCGAAACCAAGGAGCCAGCUAUCGGCCGCGACUCCCCUCGAGUUUAAUGGUUGCACACUUCUAGCCGAAAAGACGACCUUAUCAUCCAGCAGAAGGGCCAAGCAAUACGCCCAACAGCGCGCGCGAGCAUAUAUCGCAUCAAUCUGCCAGCCCGAGGCCACGUUCGACUACUCAGUCGCAGCACAAGUGCAGCAGCCGGAAGCCCCGGACUACAAGACCCUGAACAAGCGGAUACAAUGGCAGACCGACAACCUGCAACGAGGACUCCGCUAUGUUCCCUUGGCCUUUUCGACUGCGAAGCUAAUGGUAUUCACGGACGGUUCGUUCGCGAACAACAAAGACCUAAGCUCACAACUGGGCUUUGUUAUUGUGCUCGCCAACGAGGAACAGAGCCCUGCUGAUUUCACGAUCAGAGGCAAUGUCCUGCACUGGUCAUCUACGAAGAGCAAGCGAGUGACCCGGAGCGUGCUAGCCUCGGAGAUCUACGGCAUGGUCCAAGGUUUCGAUAUGGCCAUUGUCAUCGCGACCACCCUGCAGGCUAUUGUCAAGCAGCUGGACCUACCCCGACUCCUCAUUGUCUGCACCGACUCAUACUCGCUAUACGAAUGCCUCGUAAAGCUCGGGACCACGAAAGAGAAGCGACUCAUGAUUGAUAUCAUGGCGCUAAGGCAGUCCUACGAGCAGCGCGAGAUGGCAGAGAUCCGUUGGAUCAAUGGGGAUGACAACCCGGCUGAUGCGAUGACCAAGCAGCACCCAACCGUGCUUUGGAACGGUUGA